GAACUGGCUCUGUGGACAGGAGAACCGGCUGGACGUUUUGUUAAUUAGACCCAGUCCUAGUGCCGUUCCUAGACCUAGUCCUAGUGCCGUUUAGACCCCGUUCGGACACACUUAGAUCCCUUAAAAACGCUCCUCCGCUGCUUCCACAACAAAAGAGGUUGCCAGACAUUACGCUAAAUCCACGCGCGUUGCCAGAUUGCUGGGGAAAGCGAACUUCUGCUGCUUCUGUUUUAUAUUGGCUUAACUCGUGAUAAAAAGCCUUUACUAGGCAGCACUGAUACUCUGAAGCCUCACAAAAACAAAGUCUGCAACGGGACAGGCAGGCACUCCUAAAAUAACAAGAAAACAAGCCCAUGUGCCUCGAGGGCAUGAAUCAGCAGCCAGCCAGACUCACAGAGUGGAGUGGAGCACAAGGUCAAAACCACAGCGACGAUGGUGGUUUCCAGGGAAACCUUGGCACAGGUCGCAUCCUGCCCUUUUCUUCUUCCUCCACAUGCACCGCGGCCUACAGGCAGAAUGGAGAACCACACCGGCAGAAUGGAGAACCACACCAGCAGAAUAAAUGGCCAACCUGCAGGUGCCACAGAAGCUUCUCAGCCCAAGGAGAGCAUGCAACUGAAAAAGGAGAUUUCUCUGAUCAACGGCAUCAGCCUCAUUGUGGGCAACAUGAUCGGCUCAGGGAUCUUCGUUUCGCCCAAAGGCGUGCUGAUCUACAGCGCCUCCUACGGCCUAUCUCUGGUCAUCUGGACCGUCGGUGGCAUCUUCUCGGUGAUUGGAGCGCUCUGCUAUGCCGAGCUGGGCACCACCAUCACCAAGUCGGGUGCCAGUUAUGCCUACAUCCUGGAAUCCUUUGGGGGUUUUGUUGCCUUCAUCCGGCUGUGGACAUCGCUGCUCAUCAUCGAGCCCACCAGCCAGGCUGUGAUAGCCAUCACCUUUGCCAAUUACCUGGUGCAGCCACUCUUCCCCAGCUGUGAACCGCCGUACUCUGCUUCGCGACUCCUCGCUGCUGCCUGCAUCUGUCUUCUGACGUUCAUUAAUGCAGCAUAUGUGAAAUGGGGCACCAGGGUCCAGGACAUCUUCACAUAUGCCAAAGUCCUGGCCCUCAUAGUCAUCAUCAUUACAGGGAUAGUCAAACUGUGUCAAGGUUACACUCAAAACUUCAACGGCUUCUUCGAAGGGUCCUCUCAUGAUCCAGGAGGCAUAGCCUUGGCCCUGUACUCAGCCCUGUUCUCCUACUCGGGCUGGGACACUCUCAAUUUUGUCACUGAGGAAAUCAAGAAUCCUGAAAGGAACCUCCCUUUGGCCAUAGCAGUGUCUAUGCCCAUUGUCACCAUCAUCUAUAUCCUGACCAACGUGGCCUACUAUGCUGUGCUUGAUAUGAGCUCCAUUCUCGCCAGUGAUGCUGUUGCUGUGACAUUUGCUGAUCACGCCUUGGGAGUGAUGAGCUGGACCAUCCCCAUAGCUGUGGCUCUGUCCUGUUACGGUGGACUCAACGCCUCCAUCAUUGCUGCAUCCAGACUGUUCUUUGUGGGUUCCCGGGAGGGUCAUCUCCCAGAUGCUCUAUCAAUGAUUCACGUGCUCAGGUUCACACCAGUGCCUGCUCUUCUCUUUAAUUGUGCCAUGGCUCUGAUCUACCUGGCUGUGGAGGAUAUCUUCCAGCUGAUUAACUACUACAGCUUCAGCUACUGGUUCUUUGUCGGCUUGUCCAUCGCGGGGCAGAUUUAUCUACGCUGGAAGGAGCCAGACAGACCAAGACCACUGAAGUUGUCUCUGGUGUAUCCUGUUAUCUUCUGUCUCUGCACGGUGUUCCUGGUGGCAGUUCCACUCUACAGCGACACCCUCAACUCCCUCAUCGGCAUCGCCAUUGCUCUCUCAGGAGUGCCGGUCUACUUCCUGGGCAUACACCUGCCGGAGUCCAAACGCCCUCCUUUCAUCACCAAACUACUGCGUUCCAUCACCCGCUUCACUCAGUUCACCUGUUUCUGUGUGCUGACUGAGAUGGACCUGACCGAAUGAUUUCUGUCCUCUUCACUCCUGCACAAGCAUUCCUGAUGGCCAGGCAUGCAGGGAAUGGGAAACCGUGCCGGACUCCUGACUUUCAAGUGGAGGCGAAGGAACAGUCACAUGUUCAGUCAUGUGACAUUUAAAAACAACCAUGCAUCCCAACACCCCUUGCCCUCCUAUCAGGGACAAGUUUAAGGUAGAAUAAGAUGGACACUGUAAUAUUUGGAAUAUCACACAUGACAGUGGACUUUGUCUUCCUGUUGCCCAAAGGGAAACCUGUUUCUGUUGUAGCAUUUUUUUUCCAUAAUGGGUUUGUUUGGAUUACGUAUUCUCUGAUUUUACAGACGUGAUGGUUUGUCAGUUUAUUUAUUAACAAAGUUAUGUUUUAGGUAAGUAUAGGCCAGGUAAUAUAAGUGCAAAGAUGAGGCUGAUAAUCAGAUUAGCUAGGAAUGUUCAGAGAGAGAGGAGCAUGAAUGGAAAAAGUGUCCUUUUUUUGGACUAAGUGGACUAAGACGUAGGUGAACUCAUUUACAUGGCAGGUGAGGGAGGACAGAGUGAAGAGACUUAAACCUGGAGAUACUUUUGUAAAGUGCAGCUGAGGAGGCACCUGUUACUGUUAUUUAAUUUAUUGUAUAGACCAUCAAUAAAACAGUCACAGUAUAUCAGAUAUACUCUAAUACGUUAGAACCAUGGGAUUUGUUUUGAAAUCUUUAUUUUUUUUGUUUUAUACACAUCUACAUAUGUACAAAUAGUCUGUCACCCUUUGGAAAUUGGGGGAUGGGACACGUUAAAACAAACACUCGACAGCACAAAUCAAUCCACACGUUUACAGACUCAGAACUGCUACCAUACUUGCCUGUCUGCUCUACCAUGCACAUCAAACAGUCGCAUAACAAUGCAACGCAAUGUAGUACAUCAUUCGUCUCACUACCACACAACGCAAAGCACACCUGAGCUACUAUAUUUCUGCUGUUGGAACAAAACCUCGUAUCUCCAUUUUUUGUCAUUAAGUUUUUGA